AUGCCGGCGGGCAUGACGAAGCAUGGCUCCCGCUCCACCAGCUCGCUGCCGCCCGAGCCCAUGGAGAUCGUGCGCAGCAAGGCGUGCUCGCGGAGAGUCCGCCUCAACGUGGGGGGCCUGGCGCACGAGGUGCUCUGGCGCACCCUGGACCGCCUGCCCCGCACGCGGCUGGGCAAGCUCCGCGACUGCAACACGCACGACUCGCUGCUCGAGGUGUGUGACGACUACAGCCUGGACGACAACGAGUACUUCUUCGACCGCCACCCGGGCGCCUUCACCUCCAUCCUCAACUUCUACCGAACGGGGCGGCUGCACAUGAUGGAGGAGAUGUGCGCGCUCAGCUUCAGCCAGGAGCUGGACUACUGGGGCAUCGACGAGAUCUACCUGGAGUCCUGCUGCCAGGCUCGCUACCACCAGAAGAAGGAGCAGAUGAACGAGGAGCUCAAGCGGGAGGCCGAGACCCUGCGAGAGCGGGAGGGCGAGGAGUUCGACAACACGUGCUGUGCGGAGAAGAGGAAGAAGCUCUGGGACCUGCUGGAGAAGCCCAAUUCCUCUGUGGCUGCCAAGAUCCUUGCCAUAAUUUCCAUCAUGUUCAUCGUCCUCUCCACCAUUGCCCUGUCGCUCAACACGCUGCCCGAGCUGCAGGGCGUUGACGAGUUUGGCCAGUCCACGGACAACCCCCAGCUGGCACAUGUAGAGGCCGUGUGCAUCGCGUGGUUCACCAUGGAGUACCUGCUUCGGUUCCUCUCCUCGCCCAAGAAGUGGAAAUUCUUCAAGGGUCCGCUCAACGCCAUUGACUUGUUGGCCAUCCUGCCGUACUACGUUACCAUUUUCCUCACUGAAUCGAACAAGAGUGUGCUUCAGUUCCAGAAUGUUCGCCGCGUGGUUCAGAUCUUCCGCAUCAUGCGUAUCCUCCGCAUCCUGAAGCUCGCGCGCCACUCCACUGGCCUCCAGUCCUUGGGCUUCACCCUGCGGCGGAGCUACAAUGAGCUGGGCUUGCUCAUUCUCUUCCUCGCCAUGGGCAUCAUGAUCUUCUCCAGCCUUGUCUUCUUUGCGGAGAAAGAUGAGGAGGACACCAAGUUCAAAAGCAUCCCAGCCUCUUUCUGGUGGGCUACUAUUACCAUGACUACUGUUGGCUAUGGAGACAUCUACCCUAAGACUCUCCUGGGGAAAAUUGUGGGGGGGCUCUGCUGCAUCGCAGGGGUCCUGGUGAUUGCUCUUCCCAUCCCCAUCAUUGUCAACAACUUCUCUGAGUUCUACAAGGAGCAGAAGAGGCAGGAGAAAGCAAUCAAGCGUAGAGAGGCUCUGGAGAGAGCCAAGAGGAAUGGCAGCAUUGUGUCCAUGAACAUGAAAGAUGCUUUUGCCCGGAGCAUCGAGAUAAUGGACAUCGUGGUUGAGAAGAAUGGAGAGAAUAAGGACAAAGUACAAGAUAACCACUUGUCACCCAACAAAUGGAAAUGGACAAAGAGGACACUAUCUGAAACCAGUUCGAGUAAGUCCUUUGAAACCAAGGAGCAAGGAUCCCCUGAGAAGGCCAGAUCAUCUUCUAGUCCUCAACACCUGAAUGUCCAGCAGUUGGAAGACAUGUAUAAUAAGAUGGCCAAGACCCAAUCUCAGCCCAUCCUCAAUACCAAGCAGUCAGCAACACACAGCAAACCAAAGGAAGAACUUGAAAUGGAGAGUAUCCCCAGCCCCAUAGCUCCUCUGCCCCCUCGUACAGAAGGAGUGAUAGACAUGAGGAGCAUGUCGAGUAUUGAUAGCUUCAUUAGCUGUGCCACAGACUUCCCUGAAGCCACCAGAUUCUCCCACAGCCCUUUGAUGUCACUCCCCAGCAAGACUGGAGGCAGCUUGGUCUCAGAGAUGGGCUGGCAGGGAGCUCUGGGUGCCAGUGGUAGUAGGUUUGUGGAGGCCAAUCCCACCCCUGAUGCCAGUCAUCACUCUACUUUCCUCAUUGAGAGCCCCAAGAGUACCAUGAAGACCAACAACCCCUUGAAGCUCCGAGCGCUUAAAGUUAACUUCAUGGAGGGUGAACCCAGUCCAUUAGUCCCUGUUCUGGGGAUGUACCAUGACCCUCUAAGGACCCGGGGGGCUGCUGCAGCUGCUGUCGCUGGGCUGGAGUGUGUCACCCUCUUGGACAGGCCUGUGCUGAGUCCAGAGUCCUCCAUCUACACCACAGCAAGUGCUAGGACACCCUCCCGGUCUCCCGAGAAACACACAGCAAUAGCGUUCAACUUCGAAGCAGGUAUCCACCAGUACAUUGAUGCAGACACAGAUGAUGAGGGACAGGUGCUGUACAGUGUGGACUCUAGCCCUCCCAAGAGCCUCCAUGGGAGUACCGGUCCCAAGUUCAGUGUUGGGACAAGAUCAGAGAAGAACCACUUUGAAAGUUCCCCCUUACCCACCUCUCCUAAGUUCUUAAGGCAGAACUGUAUUUACCCUACAGAAGCAUUGACUGGAAAAGCCCCAAGUGGUCAGGAAAAGUACAAACUUGAGAACCAUAUCUCCCCCGAUGUUCGGGUGUUGCCUGGGGGAGGAGCCCAUGGAAGCACACGGGAUCAGAGCAUCUGA